AUGGGCUCUCCCAUUCGCACAGCGCUCCUGAAGCUCUCGGGUCUCUUGUUGGCCGCGUCCAACGCUGGCUCAGCACUAGGCUCGGAGUUCAGACAGCCUGUCAGCCCAGGAUAUCGUCCCGCAAGCGACGUCUGUCCUAUGCGAUGCGCGGAUGCUGGCGCAGACCCGGCCAACUGGCAAGCCUUCCCGGGCUUUGAUCAACUCAAUCACUGCCCUGAAACCAUGUUCUACGACUUCUCCCUCCUUGACAACGUGGAUGAUAGGACCGCACCUCAUCGCAUCUUCGCCUGCACCUCUUUUGGUCCUGAUUGGACAAGUCUCCCCAACUCGACUCUGCACGCGGCUCAGGCUAACACCGCCGACGUCGAGUAUGAGAUUGGCUUACUAGACGAGAGUGUCUCUGGUCUAGAUGCUUCAGGCAUUCGGUCUGUUUCCAAGCAGAUGCGUCGCUACUUUGAGAGUGGAUUCGGCGAGGCUAAUGAGACGGGUGUCCUCUUUGCUCAAUCCGGGCGAGCCUCUUUAGGUCUCUACAUCGGUUCUGGACUACAGAAAGAAGGCGUCAGCUCGGUCGCCCUCAACGCCCUCGAGGCCUUCGUGUCCUCUGAUAUGAUGGCGUCGACAGUCGGCAUGCAGCUCUGCAACCCUGCCCAAGAUGCAACGCACGCUUUUGGUUUGAUGGCAACUACCAAUAGGUCAUUUGCCCCAAUUCAAGAGGCCAUCAAGUCAUGGGCGAACGCCACAUGUCUGCCCAUUCAAAAUUCCGAGAAGAUUCCAGGAAAGGCCCACCUCGUGACGCCGUUGUUGGAGGGAACCUCGAAGAACUCAACUGCAACACUUUCUUCCAAGCGCUCUGAGCCUAGGAGACUCAUAGCGCGGGAUGAGUGUGAGACGAUUCGAGUCAACCCAGGCAAUGGCUGCGGUGCAUUAGCUGAGAGGUGCGGCAUCCCUGGUCACACGUUUGAAGAGUAUAACGACUUUAAAGACGACCUGUGCUCUACGUUGCAAGCUCAGCAGCCUGUCUGCUGCACGAAGGGAGAUCUUCCAGACUUGAGUCCCGACCCGCAGCAGGAUGGUACUUGCGCCACCCACAAGGUCAGGUCUGUUGAUACCUGCAGCAGUCUCGCUGCUGCCAAUAGCCUGACCGUGAAAGACUUGAAAGAGUUCAACAAGAACACCUGGGGGUGGACCGACUGCGAACCCCUCCAAAGGGGGGCUGUCAUCUGCUUGAGCAAGGGAGACCCUCCAAUGCCUGCUCAGAUUAAAGGAACUGCAUGUGGCCCCCAGGUUCCGGGCACAGAGAAGCCCUCGGAAGGUGAAAGCCUCUCCGAUCUCAACCCCUGCCCCCUGAACGCCUGCUGCUCUGGCUGGGGCUUCUGCGGAACCACGGCCGAGUUUUGCACCGACACCAACACCGGAGCACCAGGAACGGCCGAACCAGGAACCAAUGGAUGCAUCUCCAACUGUGGUAUGGACAUUGUCAGGAGUGAUGCCCCUGCGACGUUCCGCAAGAUUGGCUACUUCCAGGGGUACAAUCUAAACAGAAAAUGUAUCCAUCAAGAUGCUACCCAGAUUGAUGCGUCGGCAUACACACAUCUACAGUUCGCUUUUGGAAUGAUUACUCCGGACUAUCAGAUCAAUGCUGGAGACGAAAUGUCGACGUAUCAAUUCGGCGUCUGGAAAAACAUCGCUGGACCCAAGAAGAUCCUCUCUUUCGGUGGAUGGGCGUUUUCGACAGAGCCGGCCACGUACAACAUCUUUAGGGAGGGUACCAAGAAAGCCAACCGCCAGGUCCUUGCAAAAAACAUUGCCGAUUAUAUCAAUAAGCACGAACUUGACGGUGUUGAUAUCGACUGGGAGUACCCAGGUGCCCCCGAUAUCCCAGGCAUUCCCCCUAGAGGCAAAGAUGAAGGUGAAAACUACUUGAUCUUCCUCGCUCUCCUCAAGACCUUGUUGCCAGACAAGGAGGUGUCGAUUGCUGCGCCCUCCUCGUUCUGGUACUUAAAGCAGUACCCUAUCGACAGGAUUUCUAAGAUUGUCGAUUAUAUUGUCUUCAUGACGUACGACUUACAUGGCCAGUGGGAUGCCGGCAACGCGAACUCCCAGGUUGGCUGCCCCAAUGGCCGCUGCCUGCGAAGCCAGGUCAAUGUGACUGAGACACAUAAUGCCUUAGCUAUGAUUACCACGGCGGGCGCUGCGUCGGACAAGAUUGCCGCCGGCUUAACAAGCUACGGACGAUCCUUUAAUAUGGCAGACGGGGACUGCUAUACCGAAGAAUGCUUCUUCACCGGCACUCGCAUGGUUUCAGAUGCCACCUUGGGCGAAUGCACCAACGAGGGAGGUAUUCUAGCUAAUGCCGAGAUCCUCAAGAUCAUUGAUGACUCUAGCCGCGUCAAACACAACUUCGUAGACCAGGACACACACAGCAAUGUCCUUGUCUACGACGGCAAUCAAUAUGUUAGCUGGAUGAGCGACGACGUGAAGCAACAGCGCCAGGUAUUCUACCAGGCGCUCGGUAUUGGUGGAUCUGUCAACUGGGCGACGGACUUAGAGAAGUAUCAUCCCCCCCCUUCUGGAAUCAGUAGCUGGCUUUCCAUGAGGACCCUCAUCUCCGCUGGGUUGGACCCUAGCACGUCUGGUGAACGAAAUGGAAACUGGACCGAGCUGAAAUGCGACAACAACGCCUGGGUCGACUGGACCAAUCUCUCCCCAGAAGAGCGAUGGGACCAGAUGGAUGCCCCAACUGCAUGGAGUGACUUGAUUGAAGUCUGGAAAGAUAUGAGGAGUGAUAGUGAUGAAGUCUUCACCGACAUUAUCAAAGCGAAUACGGGAUAUCCGUUCGCAUUUGGUUGUGGCGACUUUGCCGAUGGCUCUGGCUGUACUCAGGAAAUGGAUUGUGACUCGGAAAAUUUUGGCCCUAGAAAGGGCGUUGCCGGAAUCGCCAUUGCCAACUCUCUGACCAAGGUUAAAGCUGUGAGUACUGCCACCGAUGUUCUAUCGCGAUCUUGGGCUAACAUAAAGAAGCUUUACACAAAUGCGGAAGACGCUAUAACGGAUUCUGCUACGCUCAAAAUUAACAACGCCCUAGACAGCUUUGGUAACGACUUCGCCCCUGUUCCCCCAGAGCCUGACAAUACCUGGCUCCUCGUCUUGCUCGACAUUCUCACCAUUGGAGCCUCCGCUGCUCUUGGGCCUCUAUUCAAGAAUGUCAUUUCCACGUUGCCCAAGUUCGCAAAAGCCGGAUCGACGGCUGCAGCCAACCUAGAGGACACGACUGUCCUUGCUGUGCAGCAAGGGACGACGCUGGCGAAAGAUUUGGCGAGCACGAGCUUGGAUGACUGGGGUGAGGAUUCACAGGAUGAUUUCAAGACGUUUAUAUCAGCAGUGCUCGACUCUUGGUCCCAGAUCACCAUGGACAACCUCGCAGCACUAUUCGACGGUAGUGACGAGUCUAUCGACAGGCUAUAUGGUCUGAUAGAAGGGGGCACCUUUAUCGAUGGCGACGGCCGUGGCGUCGGUAGUGGGGGUUCGACGGCGGAUCAAGACGUGAAUGAUUUGAGGGAGAGCGUUGCUCGAACCUUUUUCAGCCUCGCUAUUCCCGAAAUUUGGAGAUUUUCUGGAACGCACGGAUUUAUCCUUGACUCAGGUUUGAGCUGCGACGAUGAUGACAACCUGUCGGAUUAUAUUAACGAUGAGGUGAGCGAACAUGCCGGGGUCUGCCAUAACGGUAAAAGGUAUUUCUUGGCGGACGCCAACGGGAAUCCUAGUCACAUCAGCCACUCGGGCAAGUUUUCACUGCCACCCGGUCUAGAAAAGAUCAAGGAGGAUGACAAUCCCUAUGGAGGCAUCACUGUAGAGGAUCUCGUCAAGGGAUCGGUCAACACCUACGAUGAGAAUGGAGGAAAUGGUGCUCCGCGACCUCACAAGCUCGACGAUGACUUCAUCAACAGUCUCGCAUUCGCAGACGAUGUUCGAAAAGCUGGCUUGAUCCGACUUCCAGUCUGCUCCCCCGAGCGCGCGUACCAAACGUGGGACGACGCCGACGAGCAAGAAAAGAACCACGAGAGCUACCCUUGUCAGUUACUAAAGGGCAAGGAUUUCUGCAGCAAGUCUACAUUUGUGGACGAGACAAGUGGCGCUUCGCCACUAGUGGAAGAUUGCCUUGACAUUGUCAAAGAGCUCCAAGAGGAUUCUACCAAGGCGUGGGAUGUGCUCCUCCUUGGCCACGAGACACUCAAGAAGUCUGGCACCUGUGCUUUUGGCGUCGAGGCCAGGGACUCGCCCGAUGGUAACCUCCAUUUCUGGUUUGGUGGUCAAGACGUUAUUGACUUGAUCAACGACGCCGCCAACAUGUUUGGGGAUGGUACACGAAUGGGCGGGAAAGGCAACGUGGACUGCGAGGGCAGUGAGAUGAUCGAGCAGGUUCAAUGGUCUAUCUACGGCUCGUAG